AUGUCAAAAGAAUGCGUCUUGCUGCGCAUGCAGACAACUUCAUCCAACCUUGAGCGGUUCAAGCUCACAGCCGAAGAGCAGGAGCGGCGCAAGGCGUCCCGUGUAUCCAAGAACCGGCCCCUGGCAUCCUUAGAUUCAAAGCGGGGAUUCGUCGAAGCUUGGGCCAAGCACGUCUCCGCCGGCGGCCUACAUGAAGAUACCGAGCCCGACCAGGACCGACCCCGCAGCGGCCCCCUGAUCCGUGACUUGGCUGGGAUCAACUUUGGCAGCGUUGUGGAGAUGCUUCGAAGAUCGCCAUCCGCAGCUGCUGGUAGCGUGUUGGAGAUCCUCCGCAAGUCGCCAUCCGCAGCCUCUGCCGCCGCCGGCAGCGUGCGGGAGAUGCUCCGAAAAUCACCAUCUGCUGCCGCUACUGCCGCGGCCGCCGCAGCAGCAGCUACCCGGGGCCGGCCUCCUGGCGUGGCCGCAUGCUCAGACGAAGCAGCGCACAAGUCAAGCCGCUCCGCAGCAGCGGUAGACGACUUCCCGCCGUCGCGGCCCCAGCCCCGCUCCCGCUCUCGUUCUCAAUCUCGCUCCCGCCGCGAAACGUCCUCUGCCGUCGCCGCCGCUGCCUCAUACCUACCAUCAACGGAGACCAGCAGCCGCUGGGUUCCUUCCAACGGCAGCCUCAUGUCAACAGCGGCAGGAGGUCAGAACUGCGGCGUUGCCGGUGAAAUGGGACCUGGGGCUGACAGAGCCGCGGCGGCUGACGCACCCGAGUCGACGGCGGCGACGACAGGGACCAGCACGACGCUGGGGUCCGCGUCAGGGAUGGGCAAGGAUAGGGCCGCCGCCGAGGCCUUGGUGGCGGCAGCCGGAGCCGGCGGAGGAGGGGAGAAUAAUUUGCUGCGCCGGGCUGACGUCAGCAUCACGCCGGUGGAGCUGCGGCCCAGGUAUUAUAACCCCGCAGACGCUACCACCAUUAUCGCCUACGGCGACAAUAGCGAGGAUGAAGAAGGUGACGAAGGUCCCAGCUGCACUAGCAGUGACGCAGGUAAGAAGGCAGCAACAAUGGCGGCUGGAGCAGCAGCGGGAGGAGGAGGAGGAGGAGCUGGAGGCCUUGAUCCCAUGACUGCGGCCUUUGAGGCGGCGCUGUUCCACGAACGGUUUGGCGGUGUGGCGGUUCCGGUCUCAGCGGCUGAUGGUGGUGGUGGUGGUGGUGGCGAUGAGGCGGCGCUGGCUUGGGCGACCAGUCGGGACCACUCGGUGUCCCCCAUCGGCACAGCUGCGGUGCGGCUGUUGGGGAGGGCAUGUGAGUCCGACGUGGAGCGCCGGUUACGAGCGGUGGAGGCGGCGCUGGCGGGGCACAGCAAGGGAGGCCGCCUGAUGGCCGCCUCCGGGAGAGGCAGACCACCUGGUGGUGGUGGUGGCAGUGAUCCGCAGCAGAUGACGCUCCAGGAAGAGGUGACGGAGCUGCGCCGUGAGUUACGGCAGGUUCAGACCGAUAACGCCAAGUUGCGUCAGGAGCUGGGCGCCUUCUCCACGCACGCAAGUGCAUUGAUGACGCAGCUGCAGGCCCAGGUGCAGCAGCUGCUGCGGGGCUCCAACGGCGGCGACUCGGGCUCGUCGACCACUGCCGGCGUGGGAGCCGCGGCGAAGGAGACAGCGGGCCGUCCCUUCGUACGACAACAGUCAGCGCCAUCAGGACCAGGCGCCGCUGCCGCUGCAGCAUCUAUUCCCACGACACUUUCGGCGGCGAAUUUCGCCGCUGCUAGUAGCCAUCUGCCGUACGGUGGCCUGUACGAAACUCGCCCCUUGCCGCAGCCGUACCAGCCUGCCGUGGUGGCGCCGCCAGACACGUCCCAGCCAUCUGCUCGUCGGAGCAUCUUUUCCGAUCUUGACUUUUCCAGUCUUCGGCCCCUGGGCACUGCCGCGCCAACUCGGAGCGUCGGAGCCGGCCCGGGGGAUGCAGCAACACCGCUGGCUGCUGCUACCUACUGGCCUACUGGGAGCUUCACGCCUGCUGGCGCGGCAGCAGCGUCGCCGCUUAUUGAUGUGGCCUCAAUGCCUAGCGGGUUGUACACUGCUCCAGUACGUGACAUGGACGAGUCGGAUGUGGUGCUGCCAUCGUUUUCAGCGUUCAGGCGAACCGCCUGCACCUUGGCAUUCACCGCUUCGCGACCCGCAGCAUCAGGUGGCCCGCACUCGGGGCCCCUCACAUCCCCCCACCAAUCCGCAACAACCACCGUCCCAGUCAGCACGACGGCCGCGGGUCCCAACUCGUCACGUCCGUCGCCUGCCGGCGCCCACACCUCCAACAUGGCAGCCGUACAGCCGAGGCCCUUACCCACACAGUACCAAACGCGAAGCCUUGGCGAAGUCAUGGUCCGGCCCGGCGGCAGCCUGAACUCAAUGCUAUCGGCUGCGGCGCCGCCUACCGCCAGCGACACAACAGCGCCGGCGGCGGCUGGGGCCGGCAGCGGGGCGUACGUGGCCUCUCUGUCGGGGUCCGCCGCAGCUGCGAUGGCGACGGGCUCGGAUGCCGCGGCAGCGGCUCUGGCGCGUAGCCACUCUGGCUUGCCCCAGCCGCUGGUGUUCUGUGUGGGGCCGGAGUUCCGCACGGCACGGGCCACGGGGCUAUCCGCGGAGAACUCCAUGUCGCUGUCCGCACACACCGCGGCGGCGACGGCUGCACGUGCCAAGUCAUCCUUGUCCGCGUCAAGCGGGACGCGCUGA